CAUCUCGGUGGUGACCACGCGUCCACCAUCUCAUCUUCUUCUCCGCUAUAUACUCUACUCUACUCCUUCCUUCGCCCACCGAAUCGCCCCCAAAAUUCCCCACCUCCUCCAUCUCUAUAAAAUCCCCUCCCAAAUCUCGCUUCAUUUUUUGCCACCACUGCACCAACAGCGCGCACACACACCUCCCUCUCCCUUUCUCUCUUCGUCUGCAAGCUUCCGUCUCCCGGAUCGCGGCGACCGCCGGAGGAGGGGAGCGAUGGCGAACAUCGACAUGGGGAAGAUCCUGGCGGACCUGGAGGCCGGCGUCGCCGACACGCGGCUGCCCAAGACCAAGCUGGUCUGCACGCUCGGCCCGGCCUCCCGCUCCGUGCCCAUGCUCGAGAAGCUGCUCCGCGCCGGGAUGAACGUCGCGCGGUUCAACUUCUCCCACGGCACCCACGAGUACCACCAGGAGACGCUCGACAAUCUCCGACAGGCCAUGCACAACACCGGUGUUCUCUGCGCCGUUAUGCUCGACACCAAGGGUCCUGAGAUUCGUACUGGAUUUUUGAAGGACGGCAAGCCAGUCAAGCUAACAAAGGGUCAAGAAGUCACUGUUACAACUGAUUAUGGGAUCAAGGGUGACGAGAAUAUGAUUUCGAUGAGUUACAAGAAACUGCCUGUGGAUGUGAAGCCUGGGAAUGUCAUACUCUGCGCGGAUGGUACCAUCUCUUUGACUGUUUUGACUUGUGAUCCAGAGGCUGGAACUGUCAGAUGUAGGUGUGAGAACACUGCAAUGCUUGGCGAGAGAAAGAAUUGCAAUUUGCCAGGAAUUGUUGUGGAUCUUCCUACACUGACUGAGAAGGAUAAAGAAGACAUUUUGGGAUGGGGUGUGCCAAAUGAUAUCGACAUGAUUGCUCUAUCAUUUGUCCGUAAAGGGUCAGAUUUGGUUACAGUCAGACAACUUCUUGGACAGCAUGCAAAGCGCAUUAAGCUAAUGUCAAAGGUUGAGAACCAAGAGGGUGUUGUAAACUUCGAUGAGAUCUUAAGGGAAACUGAUGCAUUUAUGGUUGCUAGAGGUGAUCUUGGAAUGGAGAUCCCAGUGGAGAAGAUAUUCCUUGCACAGAAGAUGAUGAUUUACAAGUGCAACCUUGCUGGCAAGCCUGUUGUGACUGCUACUCAAAUGCUUGAAUCGAUGAUCAAAUCGCCGCGUCCAACUCGUGCUGAGGCCACUGACGUUGCAAAUGCUGUUCUUGAUGGAACUGACUGCGUCAUGCUCAGUGGAGAGAGUGCUGCUGGAGCAUACCCUGAGGUGGCUGUGAAGAUCAUGGCACGUAUAUGUAUUGAGGCAGAGUCUUCCCUAGACUAUGAGGCUGUCUUCAAGGAGAUGAUCAGGUCCGCGCCCCUUCCCAUGAGCCCAUUGGAGUCUCUGGCAUCCUCUGCUGUACGUACAGCCAACAAGGCCAAGGCUGCACUGAUCGUUGUCUUGACUCGUGGUGGCACCACCGCGAAGCUGGUCGCCAAGUACCGGCCCAGCGUUCCAAUCCUCUCCGUGGUUGUCCCUGUGUUGACAACCGAUUCCUUCGACUGGACAAUCAGCUCCGAGGGUCCAGCAAGGCACAGCCUGAUCUACAGAGGUCUUGUUCCUCUCCUGGCUGAGGGGUCUGCUAAGGCCACCGAUUCGGAGUCGACGGAGGUCAUACUUGAUGCUGCCAUGAAGUCAGCUGUACAGAAGAAGUUGUGCAAGCCUGGCGAUGCUGUUGUUGCUCUCCACCGUAUUGGCGUCGCAUCUGUUAUCAAGAUCUGCCUUGUGAAGUGAUGAUGAUCGCUAAACACGGUGUCUGCGUAGUGCCAUUUUGCUGGGUUCCAAGUGGCAAAACAAAACCUAUAUGCUUGUUACACUCAGUCCCAUGUUUGGGAGACAAUUUAAUUACUGUACCUGCAGUUUGCAGGGUGCCUUUCGUUACAUAGAUCUGAGCUGGUAAAUGCGGAGAAAUAGAACUCCAUUAUCACCAUCGAUGCCAUGUAGUAUGACAGGUGGUUUCUAUUCAUGCCUGCAAAAUUUUCUCGUAGCCGCUGUAUGUUUUGAGUGUUUUUCCUAUGAUGUCGGAGAUGAUAAUAAGAUUGGCAUCAUUGUCGUUA